UUGUCAUCAAACGACAUGCCGUGUAGUAGCUCAUUUUGUCUACACACAAUACCAAAAACCCAAAAUCUCAUCUCUCAGACUCUCUGUAUUCACUCAUCAGUUGAUAGCUUUAACACAAACUUUCCAUCAAUGGCAGCUUCUUUUACAACUCUGCCUAAUGUGGGUUCGAUUUCAAGUCCUAGGAAUGUGUCUCAGACCAAAGCUUUAAGCUGCACAAGUUUCAGUUCAGUGAAUCUUCCUUCAAGAAGAAGAAGAACAACAAAUUUUUCAUCUUUAUCGUCAUCAAGCUUGUUCUUGUCUGGCCCUUUGCGGCUCAGUUCGCUUACUACAGUUUCUAAAAAGAAAUCCCAUCUUUUUAGCUCAAUUAAGGCUAGUUCUGAGGUGGCAGAAUUACAAUCAAAGGUGACCAACAAAGUUUAUUUUGACAUAAGCAUUGGCAAUCCGGUGCCAAAGUUGGUUGGAAGGAUUGUUAUUGGAUUGUAUGGUGAUGAUGUGCCUCGAACAACUGAGAACUUCCGUGCUUUAUGCACAGGUGAGAAGGGCUUUGGCUACAAAGAUUCUGCAUUUCAUCGCGUCAUCAAAGAGUUCAUGAUCCAAGGAGGGGAUUUUGAUAAGGGAAAUGGAACUGGAGGUAAAAGCAUAUACGGCCGUACAUUUAAAGAUGAAAACUUCAAGCUGGCACAUACCGGACCAGGAGUUCUUAGUAUGGCAAAUGCAGGCCCCAACACCAAUGGAAGCCAGUUCUUUAUUUGCACCGUCAAGACGCAGUGGCUAGAUCAGAGGCAUGUAGUUUUUGGGCAGGUUAUAGAAGGCAUGGACAUUGUGAAGUUGAUCGAGUCUCAAGAAACCGAUAGAGGAGACCGUCCCAGAAAGAGGGUGGUGAUCAGUGAUUGCGGCGAGCUACCGAUGUCCGAGGCAUGAUAAUUUCAUUUUUCUUCAUUGAGAAAUUUUUCAGAUGAGUCUACCCUUUUUCUAGUGAUUUUAUUAAAUGAGUUUGGUUUUUGAACCCCUUUUUAGUUCCUUGUUUUAUUACAUUGUAAUCAGAAGAAAAUAUCCAACUAGAAGAGAUUUCCUGGGUUUUUCUUUAAGGCCAUUUUACUGAUAAA